GCUCAGAUCGGUGACGCCCUUUGCGCGAAUUCGGAAUUCGCGGUAUGGCUGGUGUUGCGAUGGCCAUACUUUCGGGACUCGCCAUGUGUUUGCUGUGUUCGCUGCAGGGAUGUGGCGGGAGCAGCGUGGUACAUGCUCCCCAAGCCCCUCGCUCCAGUGAUUACAAACGCCAGGCCCAGAUGAAACUUGAGCUUCAGGAUCUAAGAGAGCAAGUGAAAGGGGUACGGCAGCAAAAUGAUCUCGUCAAGGAUCUCAAGUGCAAGGUGCAGGAGCUCGAGAGAAAGGAAGAGGAGCGGAAGGCAUUUGAAGAAGACCUUCGCCGGCGUGAAGAAGAGGCUCAAAACUAUCCAGCACCUGCGUUUUUGAUUGCUUCCAAUUACUUGGAGUACAUAAACAUUGCCAUCACUGGUGGGUCUGGGACGGGCAAGUCUCAUUUGCACAACACCUUGCGGAGAGUGAAGCGGCAGGAUGCCAGUUGGGCACCUGUGGGGGUGAUCGAGACAACCAAGGCACCAACUAUGUACAACUUCCCAGGGCUGCCUGCCCGGUUCUGGGAUUUGCCCGGUGCAGGCACGCCAACCUUUCCACUUGAGAGCUACACCAAAACAGUGGGCUUGCGGCACUUUGAUGUCGUGCUGGUUGUGUGUGCCGAGCGCUUCACGGAGAUCGACGUGCGAAUCAUGAAGGAGCUUGAUGGGCAUGGCGUGCCUUACUUCCCUAUCCGCCAGAAGGUCGGCGAGGCACUGCGCAACAACCUGCAUGUGAAUGGCAUCGAUGAAGACCAGACGAAGCAGGAGAUCGUUGAUUAUUUGACGAAGCAAGGUAUACAGCAAGCUUAUCUUGUCGACUCUUUCGAGCCAGACAAGCACGACUUGCCCAAGUUGCGAAGGGAGGUCUCAGCGACCAUCGCCAAGAAUCGCGGCAUGGGUGGCGCAGAGAGCUUUGCAGAGCUAUAGGAGUGCACAGAACUCGAGGUUUAAGCAGGUGUUCGGAAAUAGUUGAUCGGUUU